UCAAUUAUAAACAAACGAAAAAAAUUGCUGCUCUGUCAUAAAAUUUAUAUUUAUUGGUAAAAAGCCCUCAAACUUUAGAAAUUAAAUGUUUCUAAAAUAGGCGGAUUUGAACGUACAUUAAGUUAGUUAAUAACUUUUUUGGGAAAAAGACGGAAAAAAUUCCUGAAAACUAUUUGGAAGAAACUCAAGGCUACGUGCUGAGAAAAGAGCGCUUGUCAAGUAACAUAUUUUUUGCCAAAUUUCGGGAAAUCUGUGAUAUUUCUGCGUUAUUUUAUAUAACUUAACGAAUUAAUUCAAUUUUUAUGAUGGCGAGCACAUCCAGAGAUGGUAAUGUGACGAACAAAGUGUGUUGUUAUGCACAUCCAGAUGCGCCUUUGAUUGAAGAUUAUCGUGCCGGCGAUCAAAUUUGCUCCGAAUGCGGAUUAGUUGUUGGAGAUCGAGUCAUUGAUGUCGGAAGUGAGUGGCGUACAUUCAGCAACGAGAAAUCUGGCGUAGAUCCGAGUCGUGUUGGAGGCCCUGAAAAUCCUUUAUUGAAUGGAAGCGAUUUGACGACGAUGAUUGGACCGGGAACAGGACCUGCUUCAUUCGAUUCAUUUGGCACAUCUAAAUAUCAAAAUCGCCGUACAAUGAGCAGUUCAGAUCGCGCUCUCAUCGCUGCUUUUCGAGAAAUAUCAACGAUGGCUGAUCGUAUCAACUUGCCUAAAACAAUUGUCGAUCGCGCUAAUAAUCUUUUCAAACAAGUACAUGACGGCAAAAAUUUGAAAGGACGAUCUAACGAUGCCAAAGCUUCUGCUUGUUUGUAUAUCGCUUGUCGUCAAGAAGGAGUACCUCGUACCUUUAAGGAAAUUUGUGCUGUUAGUAAGAUAAGCAAGAAGGAAAUCGGUCGAUGUUUCAAAUUGACAUUGAAAGCCUUGCAAACGUCUGUGGACCUUAUUACAACAGCAGAUUUCAUGUCACGGUUUUGUGCAAACUUGGAUCUCCCAAAUUCGAUACAACGUGCUGCUACACACAUCGCUCGCAAAGCUGUCGAACUCGAUAUCGUUCCGGGGCGUUCGCCGAUUUCCGUCGCAGCAGCUGCUAUUUAUAUGGCAUCACAAGCAUCCGAACACAAAAAGACACACAAAGAAAUUGGCGAUAUUGCAGGCGUCGCAGAUGUAACAAUUCGCCAAUCUUACAAAUUGAUGCAUCCGCAUGCGGCAAAAUUGUUCCCUGAUGACUUCAAAUUUGCCACAAAAAUUGAGGAUUUGCCGCAAAUGUAAAUAAAAAAUAUGACAAAUUCGUCCCACCAAUGAACAAUAGAAAAACAACAGAUGAAAAAAAAUGAUAAAUACGAUUCUGAAGCCUUAAAGACGAAUAUGUUGAUUGAAUGUGAAUGAUUUGAUAUUCAACAAUCUACUAUUUUCUAAUUUAAUUUCAUACAUACAUUAUAUUGUCGCAUAUGAAAAAUAAUCACAAAACUGAAUAGUUCGAAAGACGAUAAAUAAAGUUCAAAUACUACUAAU